UUGUCGGUGGGUGUCCCUCGGUCUUCUUCGUUUGGUUUCCUCGUUUACCUCGGCAAGCAUGGGCUCCGAGUUCCCCGACGUGGCCGGAGAGGAGCCCUUCCGUGUGUUCAUCGGUUACGACCCCCGUGAGGACGUGGCCUACCAGGUCUGCCGCCGCUCUCUCCUCCGCCGCUCCUCCGUGCCCCUGUCCGUCCACCCCAUCCGACAGGCCGACCUCCGCGCCGCCGGCCUCUACUGGCGACCCCGCGGCCCCACCGAGAGCACCGAGUUCUCCUUCACCCGCUUCCUCACCCCCUACCUCGCCGGCCACCGCGGCUGGGCCCUCUUCGUCGACUGCGACUUCCUCUUCCUGCACGACCCCGCCGCUCUCUUCGCCCUCCGUGACCCCAGCUUCGCCGUCAUGUGCGUCCACCACGACUACGCCCCUUCCGAGACCACCAAGAUGGACGGCGCCGUCCAGACCGUUUACCCCCGCAAAAACUGGUCCUCCCUCGUCCUCUAUAACUGCGCCCACCGCAAGAACGUCGCCGCCCUCACCCCCGACGCCGUUAGCACCCAGUCCGGCGCCUUCCUCCACCGCUUCAUGUGGCUCGACGAUGCCGAGAUCGGCGAGAUCCCCUUCGUAUGGAACUUCCUCGUCGGGCACAACAAGGUCGACCCCGCCGAUCCCGACAACACCGCGCCCAAGGCCAUCCACUACACCUCCGGCGGGCCUUGGUUCGAGCGCUACAAGGACUGCGAGUUCGCCGACCUCUGGAUCAACGAGUUGGAGGAAUCGAACGCCGAGAAGGCUGCCGAGGAUGAGAAGAAGAAAGGUUCCGCAAAGAAUAAUUAAAUGGAAAGGGAGAUGCUCCCAGAUCUGGUGGAAGGUAGUAGCAUUCAGGUAUUGUGUUUGGGUCAUUCUCCUAAAUUCUUUUUCUUGUUGCUAAUCAACAUUUCACAUGUUCUUUUCUUAUUUCUUUCAUUUUAUGUCAAUUUGUGCUUCUAAUAUUGACAAUUGCUGUGUUAUUUGACCGUUUUAUAUGAUUUCAUCCCAUGAUUGGAAGUGCUUCACUCUC